ACUUACAUGUAGUAUUUCUGUUCAGAGUGACACUGACGGUACGUGGAAGACAGCUCCACCCUCUAGCGGACUGAAGCGAUGGAGGCGUUUAUGGAAUACUGCGCUUGUUGUCUCUGCUGUGGAUGUUACCCCGCCCGAAGGUACCGUGGCGACCUGUACGAACCCCUCCUAUUGGACAACGAAAGAGAGGCCGUCAACAGGUUGCUGAGAUUUCUAGAACAAAAAGAAGAAAAGCCCCACCUAACAGACGAGAGACUCCACGCCCUGUGUACCCUGUCCUACUCUGAUAAUGUGGAGCUGCAGAGGUCUGCAGCGCUCUGUUUCUCUGAGAUCAGCUCCAGAAUGCUGGCACCGGUCUCUGUUAACAUGAUGGAACCUCUGGUGGCUCUGUUAGAGUCUGAGGACACCCAGGUACAGAGGCACGCCACCCUGGCUGUCAACAACUUCACCCUGCAUGGACCUGAGUCCAACAUCCGGACGACCCUACAGAGCGGUGCACUCCAUCCCCUGCUGACUCUGCUGAACUCCCCUGACACAGAGGUGCAGUGUAACGCCUGCGGCUGUAUCACUUCACUGGCUACUAAUGCUAAAGCAAAGAGAGAGAUCGUGGUGAAACGGGGCUCCCGACCGCUGCUUCGACUGGCCGCGGACGCAGUAGACCCCAGGGUACAGCGAAAUGCAGUUGGAGCACUUCUAAACCUUACACAUUUAGAAAGCAACAGAAGUGACCUGGCAAGAGAAGGCGCUAUCAAGGUCUUCAAUGAUCUCCUAUUGGAUGAUGAUACGGAGAUUCAGUAUUACUGCGCCGCUGCUCUCAAAAGCAACAGAAGUGACCUGGCAAGAGAGGGUGCUAUCAAAGUCUUCAAUGACCUCCUAUUGGACGAUGAUACUGAGAUUCAGUAUUACUGCGCCGCAGCUCUGAGCAACAUGGCCGUUGACCAGGAGCACAGGAGGAUCAUGGGUAGUCUGUGGGAGAGGAACAUCCCCGGACGACUUAUCGCUCUGUUGUCUUCCAUGUCAGACAAGGUAAGGUGUCAAGCCUGCCUUGCUUUAAGGAAUCUUGCAUCUGAUGAAACGAACCAGCGGUUGAUCGUGCGUCAGGGCGCCCUGCCCAAGCUGUACCACCUGCUAAAGACAGGCAGUAGGGACACGCAGGUGGCAGCUGCGGCAUGUGUCAGGAACCUGUCCAUCUGCAAGGCUAACCAGGCGGAGCUUCUACAGGACUGGUUCCUGGCCAUCCUUCCCAGGAUGCUGAGCGACAAGUCCACAGCUGUGCGCUGCCACGCCGCAGGCACAGUCAGGAACCUAGUGGACACCGAGAACGCUGAGGCAUUUGUCCAAGCGGGAAUUCUGGAUGCCCUGACUGGAAACCUGGUGGACUCAGCCAGUAGUGUGGAGCUGCAGUCAGAAGUCACAGCUGCGGUGGCCAUCAUGGCUAACAGGGAGUCUGUCCGAGAUCACUUGCACCACACCCGGGAGGGGAUUGUCUUCCCAAACCUUGUUUCCGUGGCAACCAACUGUGAGAAUUUGAACGUGCAGUACAACUGUGCCAGUAUCAUCGGUCAGCUGCUGGUCACAGGCAUAGAAGCUGAAACCAUAGAGCCCAACGUUCCCGGCCUCCUGUGCUACCUGGAAAGACUGCUGAACAGUGGGGACGCCAACAGUAUCCAGAUCUCUCUGUGGUCACUUCUUCUACUCGCAAAAUAUGACAACUUCCAGAGAGUGUAUCCUUCGAGUGCCCUUCCCCAGAAAGUGCAGGGUCUGCUGAGGGCGAGUCUGCCUGCAAACAUACAGGAGAUGGCCAGGAGUGUUGUGAACAAGUACACACCCAGUUAACCGGCAAUGCUGAGAGAACCAAGCAGGGUUGGACAAGUCCACUAACCCAAUUGUCCAGGGCAAGUGAAAGUGCUGAUAGGGCAA